AUGCCUGACGAUGGCAUUUGUGCAAGUGCCACAUGGAACCGAAAUGGUAUCACGGUAGCUGGCGGAAAUGGAGUUGGUUCCGCAUUGAACCAACUUCAUUAUCCCUAUGGAUUAUUUGUCGAUGAUGAUGCUACCAUUUAUAUUGUGGAUAGCCUGAACUACAGAGUGGUCAAGUGGGAGGCUGGAGUAUCCAGUGGUCGACUGGUAGCUGGUGGAAAUGGGGAAGGCAAUCGAAAUAAUCAACUAAGUUAUACGACAAAGGUUGUUGUUGACAAGACUGGUACUAUAUUUAUUUGUGAUGCUGAUAACAAGCGAGUUCAGCGAUGGUCUAAAAAUGACAGCUAUGGGCAAACAGUUAUUGCAAAUAUCUCAUGUAUAGGACUGGCAUUGGACAACAAAGGAUCGUUGUAUGUCUCUGAUAAUGAGAAGUAUCGUGUAAUAAAAUUACCUGAUGAGCAAGUAGUCGCUGGUGGAAACGGAGAGGGAUCUGCACCAAAUCAAUUCGAGAAUCCUGAUCAUAUAUUCGUCGAUUACGAUCAAUCAAUUUUCGUAGUUGAUUAUGGAAAUAACCUUGUGAUGAAAUGGGCAGUCGACGCCAAAGAAGGUAUUGUUAUAGCUGGCGGGAAUGGAUGGGGAAAUCACACCAAUCAGUUGGCUGCGCCAACUUCAGUGGUCGUUGACCCUAUGGGCACUGCCUAUGUCGUUGAUCGGAACAAUCAUCGAGUUAUGCGUUGGUUCAAAGAUUCCAAAGCAGGUAGCGUCAUCAUCGGCGGACAAGGAUGGGGUAAUGAAACAAAUAAGCUAUGUACGCCGCGUGAUUUAGCAUUUGAUCGACAAGGCAAUUUGUAUGUAGCCGAUGCAGCAAAUCAUCGUAUUCAAAUGUUCGCUAUUGACAAAAGUUCUUGUGCCAAAGGUCAGUGCCGAAAAGAUGCUAUCAAUUGA